AUGGGCGGUGACGAUGGAAGAGCGAGUCUCUCCGGCAUGGAGCAGACCAACAAGAAACCCAAAUUGGGAGCUGUGUCGGGCGUUUACAUACCCGUCUGCCUCAACAUCUUCAGCAUUCUCAUGUUUCUCCGUUUCGGCUGGAUUCUUGGCCAAGUUGGGCUCCUGGGCAUGCUUGGGUUACUGGUCACGGCCUACGUUGUAGACUUUUUGACGACUCUCUCGUUGUCUGCUAUAGCUUCAAACGGCGAGGUCAAGGGUGGGGGUGCCUACUAUGUCAUCUCAAGGUCUCUCGGCCCCGAGUUUGGCGGUUCCAUUGGAGUGCUGUUCUAUCUCGCUCAAGUUCUCAAUACUGCUCUCAAUGUUGUUGGUCUGAUUGACUGCAUCAAAUUGAAUGUUGGAGAGUCCUUUCCCCAAGGAUAUUGGACUACCUUCGUUCUCCAGACUUUGGCCUUGCUGCUCUGCGCUGGAUUGUGCCUAGCUGGGAGCGGCAUAUUUGCCAAGGCCAGCAAUGCGCUGCUUGUCAUCCUCACACUUGCCAUCGUCAGCAUUCCAAUAUCUGCCGCCUUCAAGUCCCCCUUCCACGAUGAAGAGCUCGGCGUACGCUUCACUGGCUUCAGUGUCGAAACGUUGGUGGACAACUUUGCCCCUCACACAAAAAGCGAGUCGUAUAAGGGACUUGAGACUUUUCGAGAGGUCUUUGCCAUAUUGUUCCCCGCAACGUCGGGAAUAUUCGCAGGGGCUUCAAUGUCAGGAGACCUGCAUAACCCCAGCAAAGAUAUCCCGAAAGGGACUCUCUGGGCAAUGAUGACUACAUUCAUUGCGUACCUGGUUGUAGUCUUCUCCAUGGCUGCCACCACAACGCAUGCCUCGUUUCUCAACAACACCAACAUCAUCUCCGUCACCAGCCUGUCAAUGCCGUUGAUUCUUGCUGGAGAAUGCGCCGUCACCUUCUUCUCUGCUGUAAUGGGACUGAUAGGGGCUGCCAAACUCAUGCAGGCAUUGGCUAGGGAUAAGUUGCUUCCGGGCCUGUUGCCCUUUUCCCGGGGAACAAAGAGGAACGACGAACCAAUCCAGGCCAUUCUCUUGACCUAUGCUCUUGCUCAAGUUGCCAUGUUCGCCAAUCUAAACCAAAUCGCAACUCUGAUUUCUAUGGGAUAUCAGAUGACCUUUUUUGUCAUGAAUCUGGCCUGCUUUCUACUCAAGAUAGGAUCAGCUCCCAACUUUAGGCCUGCUUUCAAGUUCUUUAGUUGGGAGACAGCCUUCGCGGGAAGUAUAAUGUCCGCGACGGCCAUGUUCUUCAUCGACCAAACCUACGCGGCUACUGCAGUCUGUCUGCUUGUCUUCCUCUUCUCUCUGAUCCACUACCUCAGCCCGCCGAAGCGAUGGGGCGAUGUUUCACAGAACCUAAUUUACCAUCAAGUGAGAAAGUAUCUCUUGCGGCUACGACCCGAACACAUCAAAUUCUGGAGGCCGCAGAUCAUCCUACUCGUUAACAAUCCGAGGAGCCAAACCCGGUUGAUACAGUUUUGCAACUCCGUUAAAAAGGGCGGUCUUUACAUACUCGGCCAUGUCAUUGUGACGGACGACUUCAACAGCGGCGUUCACGAAGCCAGGCUCCAACAGGCGGCGUGGACCAAAUACAUCUCGGAAUUCUCUCGCAUCAAGGCUUUCGUGCAAUUGACAAUGUCUCCGAGCAUCACCUGGGGCAUCCGAAAUUUGAUUCUGUCAGCUGGGUUGGGAGGUAUGCGGCCAAACAUUGCCGUUAUGGGAUUCUACAACAUGGAUGAGCUCCGAGACUCACGUCCAUCGCUUCAGGUCCCCAAGCCUCCGAGCACGACCACUCCCGACGCUCACCGUCCACCAAAGGUCAAGGAAAGACCUAUGCGUAGGAGACGGGGUGACACGUCGGCGCGUCUGAUGGAUGGAUACCUUCCUACAGAUGUCAUCAAGACCGAGGGUUUGAUGAGCGUGACCAGCUACAUGACCAUUUUAGAAGACCUUGCUUUGAGGUACAAGAUGAAUGUCGCAAUCGGAAAGGGCUUUGAAAAAUUGGAAACCCCGCGUAAGGACAAGACCAACAUGAAAAGACACAUUGAUCUUUGGCCGAUUCAGAUGUCGGCGGAGGUCCUGUCAGAUGGGAAAAGCGUACUUACUACCAACUUUGAUACAUAUACUUUGAUUCUCCAGCUUGGAUACAUCCUCCACAGUGUUCCCACAUGGCACCAGGUCUACAACAUUCGAGUCAUGGUGUUCGUAGAAUAUGAGAGCGAGGUCGAAGAAGAGAGGGCGCGUGUCAAGGCGUUGCUUGACAAGCUGAGGAUUGAGGCCGAGGUCGUAGUCUUUUGGCUGGCUGCUGGGCAUUUGAAUACCUACGAGCUGAUUAUCAACGGACAAUCAAAUGACAUCGAGUCUCAAAUCAUGGUACACGACAUCCUCAAAGACGAAGAGUGGUGGGAUGAUCUCCAGAGAUUCCGAGGCCGGGAGCCAAAUGUGGGUUCAACCGAGGAGCUCACGUCUUUCGCAAACAUCAUCGAGUCCACGGCAGGACGUCCUGGAGUUUUCAACCCGCAUGUGCCAUUAGAGGAUAUUGAAAGUGGACGACGGCCAAGCCUGGUACACUUCGGAGAGAUACCCAGAAAAUCGACGGUAUCCAACCUCUCGCGGCUUGGCGUCAGCGUUGGCAUUCACACGUCUCACUUGGGAGAUGAGGUCUUUGAAGAAGAGUCCAGCUCCGAUGUCGAAGUCAGCGAGCAGGAGCAGCAGCCGUCGUGCCUGGAUUCCGAUUCCGAAUUUGACGACGGCGACAGUGAUUACAGUGAGGACGAAAUACCUGAUGUCGAAGCUCCACGACUUCCGUUGUUGGUCGGACGGGGGCGGAGACGAAGCCAGAGCGACGAUUUGCUUAAGAGCCCGCCCAGACAGCGACGUGGUGUGUCCAGUAAGAGCGCUGCACCGGCGACCAACUACGGAACUAUGGUAUCGCAAGCAAGGGCUGAAGGACAGUCAGGGUCAAGCCACGUAGGGCUUGCCGACAACGUCUCGGCACCUCCUACUCCGCUCGAACAGCCUGUGCUGGACCGCAACAUUACUGCACGCUCUCUGGGCGGAUUUCGAUCAGCAGGCGUGAAUACAUACUCGGAUGUGACUCAAGGAAGCAUCUCUGGAUACGCAACCCCUGCAAGGCCAACUCUCUCUCGCCAGUCGUCUGCAGUGCGCUUCUCCAGUCGGCCGCUGCCAGAGACAAGGACUGAUGUCGAAGGGACCUCUGGACCAACAAUCAUGUUCGCAGACACUACAGAAGAAGAGACGCCGAGAGCGGAACAACCCGCAUUCUCACGACAAUCCUCUUCAGGGCGAUUUUCCAGCCGACCCGUACCCGAGAUGAAGGUAACCGCGGCUGACGAGCCCGAACUCGCCAACCCUGGCUAUGUUCACAUGGACAUGGCGGAGCUUGUGGGACGUUACAGACUAGACUCGAGGGCUGACGGCAACGGCGAGGGCUCCCCUUACUCCACGCAAGGUAUUGCACUGUCGUUCAAUGAUUUGCCGUCUCGGGCGCAGCAUGUCAUUCUCAACGAGCUCAUGCGGCAGAACAGUAAGAACACGGCAGUGUUGUUUACAACAUUACCCGUGCCUACCGAGGGGACCUGCCAGGAUGAGCAGGCAAGCGUGCAGUACCUAUCGAACAUUGAGGUUCUGUGCCACGAGCUCCCACCAGUCAUGUUGGUCCUGAGUAACAACAUGACUGUCACGGUUGGGCUCUAG